CUGGCCCUUACAGAAAAAGGAACAGGCCAAAUCGGUGUACGAGAAGAGACAGAGAGAGAGAGAGAGAGAGAGGAGAGAGAGAGAAGAGGAGGGGAGAGAGAGAGAGAUCUCCUUCUCUGUAGAUCUCUUCCUCUUCCCCCUGAUGCGCCAUUUCCAUGUCCGCAAUGAGAUCUCCUCCCUUCGUCCUCUUCCUCUCUCUAGGGUUUCUUCUAAUUGAGGUGGUCUAAGGCUCUUUGGUGGUGGUGGUGGCCGUGGACGUGGUGGGGUUGGUGGUGCUCUUUUGGGACCAACAAUGGCGGUUCCCCGCGUCGGCGGAGGUGGUCUUCGUCCUCUUCGCGUUUUGUGAUUUGGGUUUUCUCCUCCGACCACGGGAACAUGAAGCUGGGGACAAAGAAGGGAUGGAAAUCCCUGGUGCCGAUUCGAAUGGGACGGAAAUCCGGGACCCAGUUCUGUAUGUUCCCGAAGGUCCGCUCGGCCGGCCAAACGCCGGGCGAUGCGCCGGUUUACCUGAACGUGUAUGAUUUGACCCCAGUGAAUGGCUACAUGUAUUGGGCUGGUCUUGGGAUUUUCCACUCUGGGAUUGAAGUUCAUGGUGUAGAAUAUGCAUUUGGAGCACAUGAUUACCCCUCGAGUGGAGUCUUCGAGGUUGAGCCUCGUCAGUGUCCAGGCUUCAGGUUUAGGAAAUCAAUAUUUAUCGGCACAACUUGCCUAGAUCCUUUGCAGGUUAGAGAGUUUAUGGAGCUCCAAUCGGUAAACUACAAUGGAGAUACAUAUCAUUUGAUCGUCAAGAACUGCAACCAUUUCUGCAAUGACAUCUGUUAUAAGCUGACUGGCAAUUCAAUCCCCAAGUGGGUGAACCGGCUUGCGAGGAUAGGUGCUGUUUGCAACUGCCUUCUUCCCGAGGCCCUUAAGAUUAAUGCGGUUCGUCAUGAUCCGGAUUACCAAGCCGAAGACGGCGAGAAAAUGAGGCUAACAAGUGCUCUAAGUUGCUUGUCUUCAUUCUCCAUGCGUCAGAGGCACUUGUCGUCGUCCUCCCUCUUCCUGUCGUUUCCUUUAAAUGGGUGCCUUCCACCAUGGGAGUUGAGAAGAUCCAAUACUAGCCCUUUGAAGGAGCAAUAGAGUCCCUGUAUCCUAUCAAUCGUGUCUGCAAAAGCAAAAGCGGAUUUAGGUAUCUUUUUCACCCCUCCAAAAUGAAUUUGGUUAAGAAUGAAUGUACUCUAGGUUAUGCUCUUUUUUGAUGCCCCAUGCCAAGAUACUUGUUUGUUGUAUAAUUUUGUUCAGGUGGCUGAAAUGGGAAGUGGCUUUGUUUUUUCUUUUUUCGCUCUGUAUUCAUGCUGCUGCAUCUGAGUGUUGAAUUAAAUGGUUGUUCUCUGAGAUACCAAAUGCUUGAUGAGCUUUUUUUUCUUGUAUCGAUAUAGUUGUGCACAAUGGUGCAAUCAACUUUG